AAGGAUACACACAGUGUGGAAUAUUUGUUACAGUGAUUUGAAUGAGUUUUGAAAAUUAGUGAUUUGAAGUGUUAAUUGUGCCACCAAUUGAGGAAGCCGGAUUAGCUUAAAUCGAUGGCCAAUAAUUUUGGGUCGAUUCCACCUUAGAACAAAAUAUUAUUAAGAUACCAGAAGUUGAAGUACAUGAACUCAUCUUCAUGGCACAUAUGUUCGAAUUACGGACCAAAUAGUUAAGAAAAUUUCUGUGAUAUUUAUAGUUAUAUCAUUUAAUCUCAUCGCUGUAAUUAGUUUUGUGGUGUGUGGUAUACCGUAGCGAAUGUGUAGUUCGUAUUUAGUAUCAACGGUGUUUUCCAUAAAUUGAUGUUAAGGACAAAACGUUAAAUCGGUGUUUAAUUAAUUAAAUAGUGUAAAGACGCGUUUAUUAUAAUGGAAGAUUCGCCAGGCGUCGAACGUCAACCGCGCGUUAUUCAAGUGACAACUAAACCAGACGCGCCUCGUGCUCAGUCGGUCCAGCCUGUAGCAGUUGUAUCGCGGACGCCGCGACCAGAUGCCUUGGGUGCAGGCGAAAGGUCGGCACCCGCGGUUCCUGUCGGUAGUCCAGGAUCGCCGACCGACGACGCUCAGCCGAGCGUCUCGGCAACCGCGAUUGUUAACCCUUGUUCAUCGUCUUCGCCACUAAUUCUUGCGGAAAGGUUCUUGGUUUUGGAAACUCUAGAAGGCAGUACACUUAGAAGGUGCAUUAACCUGGACACGCAGCAAGAGAUGGUCUGCAAGGUCGUUCCCAGGAGCUGCGGGUCAGCUCUUCUAGGAGUGCAUUUCCUGCUGCAGGAAUUGGAGCACGUUUCACAUCCAAGAGAGGUGGUUUUAGGUCCAGGAAGGGCUUAUCUAUUGUUCGAUAAAGCUCAAGGCGGUGAUUUACAUUCACACGUCCGAGCAAGGCGGAGAUUGAGGGAACCCGAAGCUAGAAGGCUGUUUCGUCAAAUGGCAACUGCGGUUAGGGAUUGUCAUAAACUAGGAGUUGUUUUGAGGGACCUUAAGUUGAGGAAAUUUGUAUUCGCGGACGAACAAAGGUGAGUGUUAGCUGAUAAAAGGAUAUAAGGAGAAUGACCGCUAAUAAUUUGUCCUUAUAUCGGUG